GUUGGGGCACCUAACAUCUUCUUCUUCUUCACCAGUUAGCCGCCUCUUCUCCGCAGAGCAACUGCAACUGGAGAUUCGCAGCAGCUGCAAGUGCAAGUAAGUUCUUUUCUUCUUCCUUCUUCUUCUUCUCUACCUCCGAAACCAGUAAAAACUAGCCUCUGCCGAAUCCAGAAGAAGAGCUAAAGUAUAUUGCGAAAUACCCCCGCCAUAUCCUUGACCGUAUCGCUUGUGUGUCCAUGGCGUAUCGAAGACGUAUCGGAUGGUCAACAUAACAGGAAUGUCCACGAUACGUCGUUUUCCGUAUCCGAUACGUAUAGGAGGCGUAUUGUAUCGGAGGAGUAUCAGUGCAACGUAGCUUGUAACAGUUCGAAAAUUGGUUCAAUUAUUCACCCAUCUCUUUCUCUCUUCCUCGCCGUCUGUUUUCUUCUAAGAUUGGUCUUCCUCGCCGUCGCUUCCCCUCCCUUUGCGUUGCAGAGCUUAAUCACAAUGAAGGUGAACGUGAUAUCUCGGUCCACAGAUGAAUACACUAAAGAACGAAGCCAAGACCUCCAGAGGGUAUUCCGUAAUUUCGACCCCAACAUCCGAACGCAAGAGAAAGCAGUGGAGUAUGUCCGGGCAUGUAACGCCGCAAAAUUAGAGAAGAUUUUUGCGAGGCCAUUUGUUGGAGCAAUGGAUGGACAUAUAGAUUCUAUUUCCUGUAUGGCAAAGAAUCCAAAUCAUUUGACAAAAAUAUUUUCUGGUUCAAUGGAUGGAGAUAUUCGGCUCUGGGAUAUAGCUUCCAGGCGAACAGUUUGUCAAUUUCCUGGUCACCAAGGUGCUGUGCAAGGUUUAGCAGUAUCUACAGAUGGGCGUGUUCUUGUUUCUUGUGGAACUGACAGCACUGUCAGGCUUUGGGGUGUACCUGUUUCUACUCUUCUGGAGGAAGAUGUCUCAUCUGAUAAAUCUGCUGUGCCACUGGAAACUUAUGUUUGGAAGAAUGCAUUUCGGGCUGUUGAUCACCAGUGGAAUUUUGAUCGUUUUGCUACAGGUGGAGCUGGAGUAGAUAUAUGGAAACACAACAGGUCUGCACCAGAGCAGAGUUUUGAAUGGGGAACAGACACAGUUGUAUCUAUAAAAUUUAAUCCUGGACAGCCCGAUAUCUUGGCAACAUCCGCAAGUGAUCGCAGCAUAGCAAUAUAUGACUUGCGCAUGGGGAAACCAGCAGCGAAGUUUAUUAUGAGGACAAGAACCAAUUCCAUUUCUUGGAAUCCAAUGGAGCCAAUCAACUUCACUGCUGCAAAUGAGGACUCCAAUUGCUAUAGCUUUGAUUCUAGGAAGCUUAAUGAAGCUAAGUGUGUGCACAAGGAUCAUGUAUCUGCUGUGAUGGAUAUUGAUUAUUCUCCAACUGGUCGAGAAUUUGUCACUGGAUCUUAUGACAGAACAGUGAGAAUUUUCCAGUAUAAUGGUGGUCAUAGCCGGGAAAUUUAUCAUACAAAGAGAAUGCAAAGGGUGUUUUGUGUCAAGUUCAGCUGUGAUGCUAGUUAUGUUAUUUCUGGGAGUGAUGACACUAAUCUUAGGCUUUGGAAGGCUAAAGCAUCAGAACAAUUGGGAGUUCUUCUUCCAAGGGAACAGAAAAAGCAUGAGUAUAAUGAGGCUGUCAAGAAUCGCUACAAGCACCUUCCCGAAGUCAAGCGUAUUGUGAGGCAUAGGCACCUACCAAAACCAGUAUACAAGGCAGCUGCAACAUUGCGUGAGAUGACCGAAUCUCGAAGAAAGAAACACGAGAAGAGGAAGGCGCAUAGCGCCCCAGGAAGCAUCAUUGAAGAGCCAUUACGGAAAAGAAAAAUCAUCAAAGUUGAGUGAUAAAUGUGGGUAGUUUGUAAUCGGCUCAUGCAUAUCCAUGUUAAAGAAUGGAUCUUUCAUGUGCAAUGUUCGUGAGCUCCAUACCAGUGCCUUUACAGUUCAAGUGAUUUCCCAAUCACCUAUCCUCAUCGUGCAUGUGCCGUGUCUAUUGUGGCUUUGACGGACAAUGUUUUGUUCAUGCUAUAGUAACUUCAGGUCAUAGUGUAGUUUAUUUCUCCUGUUUAGCCUUGUGCAAUUUUGUCAGGAAAAAUAUGUAACUGAAUAUUAAAAGGUAUAUUGAGGGGACUAAUCUUUUUCAGCCUGUGGACUAAA